GCGAAAGCCAUCCGCCGAUCCUGCGGGAUAAUUCAUACUACAUUUUUCGCCGCCUCCAACAUAAAGACCGAGAAGAAUUAAUCAAAAAUAACCGCUCCUCGAGUGCCUUAAUAGACCGUACGUGAGCCGAAUGCCGCGAUGAGCACCGAUGGAAAUCUCUUGCUCCUCGGAUUUUUCGCGAUUUUCGCUUUAUUUAGAGAUGGUACGUGCCUCGAAUUAAGAAUAGAAGUGCCUGAAGCGGUCCUGAAGGGCCGAGAAGUGGUCUUGAAGUGCCUGUUCGACCUCGAAGGCGACAAACUAUAUUCCGUGAAAUGGUAUCACGAUUCAUCCGAAUUCUACAGGUAUUACAAGCUACAUCUUUCGUUAUCUGCACAAAACAAUUAUACAUUUUUCAGAUUCACGCCGAAUGGGAAACACUCCUCCACCCCUUUUCAACUGAAGGGCUUCCACGUGGUACAAGACAGAUCGAAUUCGAACCAAGUCGUCCUGAAGCACGCCACCAAGGCUUUAACUGGACAGUACAGUUGCGAAGUCACCGAGGAUCAGCCCAGUUUCUAUACUGAAAUGAAAACUGCUUACUUAGAGGUGGUGGAUCCGCCUCAGAGCGACCCGAUCAUCGUGGGCACCAAAUCGAAGUACAAGCUGGGCGACUACGUGAAGGCGACCUGCUCGUCGGAGAAGUCGGCGCCGGCGGUGAACCUGACGUGGCACGUGAACGGCCGCCCGGCGGACGAGUCGCUGGUGAAGCACCACCGGAAAACCGUCGAGGGGAAGUACAUAAAUUCCUAUGCGACGUUGCAGUUCGGCAUGACGGAGCAACAGUACAACGAAGGCGCGAUAAAGCUGCGAUGUACUGCGAGUAUUCAUGAUGUGUGGCAGCGCACUGUGGAGAAGGUGGUGGAGAUAAAGAAACCGAAUUUCGAUAGCUAUAAUACAUCUCCUGCUUGGAUGCGACCUCCUAGUACGAGUACGGAACGUCCUAGGGUCAGCAACGAGCAUUACUGGCUAUACGUUUCCAAAAAUAGCUUGGAGAGUGAUGAUCAGACUGGGAAUAGCACGAAUUCAGCGAGUAUCGAGUGCGUGGGGAAAGCGAUAUUUUUAAUUUCCAUAGCGGUGUACGUAAGUUGAUGGUAGAUGGAAUGUUUUAAAUUUUUAUUUUUAAAACAAAUAUACUUCCAAGGUUUCUAUUGUGAUAAUGUUCCAAAGAUUGAAUGUGUUCUAUAUAAAUUUGCCAAAGCUUGAAUUCUGACAAUAUAAGAUGUGUAAAAAAAUAAUUGUUAUUAUAAGAAUUAUUGUGAGAUUAUUAUAUAUUCG